UGAAUGUGCGGCAGCUUUUUAUUAACAGCAGUUUAAGUAAAAAACGCGAACGAAUCGCUAGGCGCGGCGCGUGCAUUUUCGGAAAGUGGAACCAAACAAUUCUAAUAAAAAUUAAAUUUGGUAUACCGAUUAGUGUGUGACGUGUGAUAAAAGAACGUUUUUUUGUUAAGUCCUCACUAACUGAAAGUUCUUGCAGUAAAUUGUACAGUUCUUGUAUAAAAUUUUAUUUUCAUAAAAAUACUUGUAAACAUUUGCAAGAAAAACUAAAAAGUGCUCAAAUGCGCACGGUCAGAGUAAAACAAUGAAAUUUCCUGGGCGCAACAACAACAAAAGCUUCACAACAAUAGCCGCAGCUCAUAGUGCUGGCGUCAGUAGUGGCAUGCGCUCCUCAAAAUAUGCAAACUCCAAUAAGGACAACAACAAGGAUACUGGCAAAGACCGACGUAUGCCAAGUUUGUUGUCGAAUGCGGUAAAAAUGAAAAUUACAAAGUGCAAUGCUACCAAAUUGGCGAAUGCAGCCAAUGGAAAUAAAGGCUCAACAGCAACAACAACAACUACACCAUCAACAUCAUUCAAUAACAAUAUCGGCAUAUUGCUGAGCGAGAAUCAUAUAAAGCAGAGUGCACCAGGCGCACCAGACCCACAAGGAUUGCAAUUAUUGAGCCAGCUCUAUCGACCCACGCAAGGAGGUGGUGGAGAGAGUGGGGAGUUGAAUGCCAGGGGAUCAUAUAUGUUGAAUGUGUCUGGUAUUGGUGGUGUCGACAGUGCAUUGUUACGCGCGCAAAUGCAACAACAACCGCUCUACUUGCGGCAGCAGGAUAAGCUAUUGACUGAAGACGCAACAAUAACAACUUUAGUGGAAAAUCGCUAUGCGCUCGAUGUUGCAGUGCCUAUGGACACAGGAGUGACAGUGAGCAAUGCUAUGCGAAAAGAAGAACAACGUAGCUCGCCACAGCCAAUGCUAUCCGGGCUGGCAAGGACAACAAAGACGUUCACAGGGCCUGAGACGAGCUCGGCAGAGCAGUCAACCGUGCAACAACAACGACAAUGUAUGCGCAGCACAGACGAGAAUGGUGAGCAGGGAAGAAAUAUCCACUCUCAUGAAACGACCCCAACAGUGUCUUCGUCAUGCACAUAUGCGAUCUCGCACUCGAAUACUCGAUCGUCAUCACCACCACCACCACCACUACCAAAAACACAAUCGAAACCAGAACACACACAAGCAGAACAACAACAACAACCACCUUCGUCGUCAUCUUCGUCCGCACUGCCUUCGAAUUCGCCAUCGCAUUUGGCUUCGUUGCUUGCGCUGCCUGCCAGUUCGCCGUCGCCGUCAGCGUCUUCUGCGGCAGGGACAGCGGCAGUGUCCGUGUCGUCGUUAAGGUCCGCGACACCACAACUUAUAUCAGUUGUCAACGAAACAUCAAACCAAACGGUGUUACGUACGAUCGCUGAAGCCCGAACAACAGCAAAUGCAACAGCGACAGCAACAGCAACAUAUAUAGUAACGGCCUUUGAACAAACGUCAAUUGACACAAAGAGAAAAACUCCCACAACAUUUGCAACGAAUGCAAAUUUCGAAGUGAAAUUAGAGAAUAACGAAGACGUCGAAACGGAUAACCAACACCAGCAACGACAAAGUAGUGACGUCGUUGUUCGGGAUGGUGUCGGCAACACGGAUCAACAACAGUUAGCGUCGCGAGAUAAAAAUGCCAAAAAAACUGAUAAGUGUCGAAAUGCGAUAACAACGUCUACGACGAUAACAACAACAAAAAUCAUAACACCGACAGCAACAGUGCCGCCGCUUGAAACGACAAAUGUCGCGCAAAUAUCGGUUAUCAACAACAAUAACAACAAUAGUAAUAACAGUAAUAGCAAAAUAGGUGUUUGUGUGAACAAUACGAAUUCAAGUGAAAUUAAAAGUGUAAAAAUUAGUGAUGAACAAAAAGAACAAGUGGAAAUCCGUAAAGCAACGGUAGAUCAGCAACAAAGCGAUUUAUUGCCGUUGCACUAUCGAGGGGCGAACAAUUCAGUGAUUAUAGCCAACUUUAGCUGCAACAAUAGCAACAGUAAUAACAAUACCACGACUAGCGCUGAACACUACGAACAAGAAGAAGAGCAACCAGCUGCAGUACAAGAGCAACAGCAACAACAACAGAUUUUGCAACACGAGCAGCAGCAGCAGCAAGAUCAGCAUUUUGCCGAGUCGCACUAUCUGCGAUACGCCCAAACACUAGUGCAGGAUAACAUCACCGAACAACAACAACAGCAACAACAAUUGCUGCAACUCACCUCGAAUAUACUCAACGGCACCGAUCCCAAUUUAAAUUUGGUCGUCGCUGCGGAGUUGCAACAGCAACAGCAGCAUCAUCAACAGCAGCAACAACAACAGCAACAGCAUCACCCACAUUGGUUGUCCGCGUACAAUAGCUGUGCCUACGAUCUAUCGCGACAUCACCAACAACUGCAACAGCAGCACCAUCAGCAACAUUUACUACAACUGGAGCAACAACAACAGCAGCAACACCAACAACAGCAGUCCAAAGAGCUGCUCGAUAAAACCGAUUUAAUUGCCUUGCAUCCAUCACAUCUGCUAUUUCCUUCACAUUUGACUUCAGCGGCGCCUUACGUACACUCACCUCCGCCCCAUCUGCAUCCGCACACACACCCGCAUCAUUCACAAUUUAUCGACGACAAUAUGCGCAACAAUUUUAGUUUGUACGCGCCUUACGGUAGCAAUCCACACGAACAUCUGCAACACCACGCGAACACCGGCGCUGCGCCCAGCAGCAUCGAUGAAGUCAUACAGGAUACACUCAAAGAUGAGUGUCUCGAGGAUCAUCAUACGGGCGUCAGCUAUUGCACACUGACGACAGUGCCCGACUUAAAGGAUGCCUACCAUCAUCAGCAUAUGUUGGCGGCGGCAGAGCAGCAAGUGUUGACACCCACCCAACUGCAUCAGUUGCAUGUGGCCACACAUCUUCACAACAAUUCGGUUAGUUCGGGUGGAGGUUCACCUUCGCCUACGUCACUUUCACAUGGCGGUGCGGCAGAUGUCUCCAGCUUUACACAACUCACAAAUGCGACUACCUAUCGUGAUGUCUACGGUAGUUUUACACCUGACCACACAGUCAUGUCGCUUUUUCCGUCCUCGCUGAGUCCGGUCUUGUCUGGCUCAGUCUACCCCGGAUCGCUGUUAACACCGGCCACCAAUGGCAUGCAACAGUAUGGCAUGCAGCCAACCAACGCAAUUUCAGCAGCAUCAGUCACUAACGUCUCAUCUGGAUCCCCAUCCCAUCAGCCAGUGCAUUCGGCCGCCUCCACGCCUGGUGCGCAUUCAACAAAUUCUAUCGUAGCAGCGGCUACCACAGCACUGGCCACCGGUUCCGGUUCAAACUCCAUCAGUAAUGAUGACUACGGCUCGCCGAAGAGCAACAACAGUAGUAAUGGUGGUGGUGGCGGUGGUGGUAGUGGAGCGAACAACAACAACACUGCUGGUAGUGGUAGCAGUGGGCCGUUGCCAGCAUUUCAACGCAUCUCCAGUUAUGGUGGUGGUGCGGGCGGCGCAGCUGGGGUUGUUGGUGUGGCGAAUGUCAGCGGCAGCGCAACAACGGUUGGCAGCGGCGCCGAUCGUUACACAUCGUUGACAAAUUAUCGCACAAACGACACAUGGUCAGGUCAUUAUGAGGCAAUUAGCUACGCGCCCACAUCGGUCGUAACGAGCGCCGCCGGCCUGGUUGGGAAUACGAAUGUAAUACGCAGCUGCAAUGGGCGUGCGGGCCCAGGCGUUGGGGUGGUUGGCGUUGGUGUAGAGGGCUCUGCUUCAGCCAACUUGGCCGCACAUUUGAGUGCAUCCGCAUCGUUGACAGCAACAUUUUACGAUGCCGAUUUUAUCACCGAUGGGCGAGAAUGUGUCAAUUGUGGUGCGGUUUCAACUCCAUUGUGGCGCCGUGAUAAUACCGGACAUUAUUUGUGCAAUGCGUGCGGUCUCUAUAAUAAAACGAACGGCAUGAAUCGUCCAUUAAUAAAACAGCCUAGAAGAUUGAGUGCUUCCCGUCGUGUCGGUCUCUCCUGCUCAAAUUGCCUCACAACGCAUACUUCUUUGUGGCGUCGCAACCCCAACGGUGAACCCGUCUGCAAUGCUUGCGGACUCUACUUCAAAUUGCAUAGCGUGAAACGUCCAUUGACCAUGAAGAAGGACACCAUACAAACUCGCAAGCGUAAAGCGAAGGGCACUAAAAGCGAAAAGCCCAGCAAAAUCAACAAAUUACAUGCAAACUCCAAUCCAUCCACAAAUACCAACAAUGAACUAAAACAUCUAACAACUAACUUGCAACAGCAACAACAACAACAACAACAGCAGCAGCAGCAGCAACAAAUGCAAACCACGCAAUUGUUGCAACUGAAACAGGAACCGCAGAUGAACAAGACUGUAGUGCAACACACGACGCUGAUGUCGCCAACAACAAAUGAUGGUAGCAUUUCACCGACGGACACCAAAUCACCGCUCAUGGGCUUGCUGCCUUCCUCACCGCUAACGCCACAGCAGCAACAGCAGUUGAAAGAGGUGACUGCAAUGCAGGAGCAACAACAGCAGCUGCAGCACUCAUACAAUCAGAAAAUGUCACCAAUGACACACAUACACUCACCAAUAAUGUUCUCAUCCUCAUCACCCACACAUAAUGGGCAUUUGAAUAACAGCAGUAACAAUAACAACAAUAAUAAUAAUACAACAUAUAGCAAUAAUAAUAAUAAUAACAACAACAACAGCAAUAAUGUUAUAAAUAACAACAACAAUCAUAUUAUUAAUAACAACAACACUUUAAAGCUUAUGCAGAAACAGCUGCAGACUCACCAGCAACAAAUGCAGACACAGCAACAGCUCGCGUCAUCCUCACCGAGUCAACAGCAGCAGCAGCACCAACAACAUCAAUUAAUGGCACAGCAACUUAUGCAUCUGAUGCCGCCACACUCUUCCCCCUCAGCAUCGGUAUCAAUGCCCCCAACACCGGUCACACCAUCCACACCGACGACAACACUGCAACAACACCAACAGCAACAGCAACAGCAUCACCAUCAAUCGACGCAGCAACAGAUAUUUCAACAAUUGACACACCAACAUCAGUUGCAACAUGGACAACAACCGACACAUUUAUCUAAUCUUUGCAACUCUCUGCACUAUCAUCAGCAUUACCUGCAGCAGCAGCAGCAGCAAAUACAGAAACAACAACACCUUGAUCCACAAAGUCCAGCCGGUUCGGUGUCGCCAGCGCACUCGAACUUCGGCGAAUUGGUGCCGAUACAUGAAGAUUCCAUUAAAAUCGAGCAACUGCAGCAACAUCACCGGCAGCAUCAACACCAGCAUUCACAUUUGCUGCAACAGGAUGUGGCACUCAGCCGCAGUCCAUCGUUAGAGGAGGAUGAAAUGCUGUUUGAGCUUCAACAACAACAACAACAAGGUAAUACACAAUCAAUUGCACUGCACAUGCAACACCACCAAGACUUGCAUCAACAUCACCAACCAAGUCUAUUCGAGUUGCACGAAUUCGAACGCAAGUACGAACGUGAGACUGUGGUGAAAACCGAGUAAGCGAGCUGCAAGUAGAGAGAAGUAGAGAGAGUGAAAAAAUGGUGAUAGCAAAAACCAAAGUAUGCAUUUUUCAAACACAAAUUAUGCGUGGGUGUGUUUUUUGUAAGAUGUGAGUGGUAAUAGAUUAAGUUGUUUUUAUUUUUUAAUUUAAGUUCUUUUUUUUUAAGAAAUUUGAAUUCAUGUGGCAAUAGACUAGGCAAUAAAAUACUAUACUAAGUAAUUGUAAAUAAAUAUUCAUUGUGACGUAAACGUACCGCAUUCAUUUCAUGUGGGCAAAAAUUUUGGUAUAAAAGUAGAGGAAAAAUAGUUGUAAAAAAUAACAAAAAAAUACAAAAAGUUUAGCAUAUUUUCACCCAUUCAACCCCAAUGUUGCCUGAGAGCCUUAUCGCAUGUUUUUCGGCUUCCCAGCGCAAUAAUGAUAAAUUACAAGAUUGCCACAUGCGUGAGAUUAUGUCUAGCUGUUAUGUAGCAAGUGGAAAAGCGAAGGAGAACGGCUUAGAACGGAUUAAUCCGCUCGUGAAUAACAAUAAUAAUGAAAUAUUUUUUCUUUAUUUGCAUGUUCAUUUCCGAACGCAAGCGAUGGCACAAUUGAAGUUUCAAUACAACUCAAUUACAAUAUACAAUUUAAAGUUUCCAAAAAAAUAUUGUUGGUGAGUUCGUUAAAAGCUUGACUGUCUCUUGCCACAUUCCCCAACUCUCUGACGUUUCCUAUGCCUGUCCAGUGUCUAAUAUUACGCAACCAGAAUAUUUGUUUUCUCCCAAUACUUCGCCUUCCUUUUAUUUUACCAUCCAGGAUGAGGUGCAACAUUUGGCACUUGUAGUUUCAUAGAGUAUGCCCUAAGCUGCCUUGCUUCGCUUCACCGCGGUGAGAAGCUGCCUACUUCGGUUUAUUCGGCGAAGAACUUUACUGUUGGAAACAUGAUAAGUCCACGAGAUUUUCAACAUUCGUCUGUCUGUAUAUUCGCAUUUCAAAGGCUUCUAUCCCGUUCAUGUCAGCCACUUUAAGGGUCCAUAUCUCCUGACCACACGUAGCAUUUGACAAAACGAAUUUUUAACUGCAUGUUAGUUUCAUGAUUGCAGAGCACUUUUUUAUAGUUGCAGAAUGCUGAGGUUGCCAUUUCUAUUCGUGUUCUCAUUCAUCCAACAUCCAAGGCAUUUGAAUUUGGAUACUCUUUCUAUGGGUUCACCUUGCAUCGAUAAGGUUAAAUUAUUGUAAAUAUUUUAUCUACAUACAGCCAUGAAUUUAGUUUUAGUUGAUUCUAUAUUGAUCUUGAGGCCGUAUUUAUUGCCGUAUUCACCACCCUUGUCUAAAAGGCUUUGUAGAUCUUUUAUACUCUCCGCAACAAGUGUUGUGUCAUCAGCGUACCUGAUGCUGUUAAUAAUCACACGAUUUACAAACAAUUCAACAACAAAAUUUAAAACAAUACCCACUUAUUGUGUCAGCUCAAUAACUGACUCUGUUAAAUUUACUGAGAGCGGGAUAGCGGUUCGCGGGCAUCGCUAAUUCCUGCAUUCUCUUCAUCGUGUUACCAGCAGCGCUCUUUUUAUUUUUAAAUACGAAAUACGCUCUCAAUAGAUAAACCAUAAGUACUGGAACCCAAAAACACAAUUCUUGUACGAAAAUAAAGUAAAAUUUAGUUGUUGCUGCUUAUUAAUAUUUUUAAUACCUCUUCUUACACAAAACAGUUGAAUACUCAAUUUGAGAGUUUUAACAAAAACGUCCGAGCGAGAUUUUUUCUGGGUGACUUCCGGCGAGUGUGUAACACAAAUUACUCUCUUAAAUUACAGCCCGAGAACCGACAAAAAAAAACACAAAAUCCGCAGAGACACAAUGGUUUGGGAGGCAUUUGGCAAA